AUGAGCUGGAGCAGAGGUCGCGAACUUGGCCACGGCGCCACCGCCACCGUCUAUCUAGCAACCGACCACCGCUCCGGCGAGCGGUACGCUGUCAAGUCAGCAGGGGCUUCCCAAUCGGAGUUCCUAAAACGAGAACAGAGGAUUCUGUCUUCAGUCAGCUCUCCUUAUGUAAUUGGAUACAGGGGAUGGGAAAUUACGGCAGAGGACGACAGAAUUGUGUACAAUUUGAAGCUCGAGUACAUGCCCGGCGGUACAAUUAUCGAUGAGAUUCGACGCCGCUGCUGUGGCGGAGGCCGGAUGGAAGAAUCGGCGAUUGGGUUGUACGCGUGGCAGGUUGUGAAGGGACUUGAGUAUCUGCAUUCCAACGGGUUCGCGCAUUGCGAUGUGAAAUGUCGGAACAUUUUGGUCGGAGUCGAUGGGUCGGCGGCCAAGCUGGCGGAUUUCGGGUGCGCCAAGCGGGUCGGGUCUUCGGGUACAAUUGGCGGGACGCCCAUGUUUAUGGCGCCGGAAACAGCGCGCGGGGAGGAACAGGGGUUCGCCGGCGACGUUUGGGGGUUGGGGUGCGCGGUCAUCGAAAUGGCGACCGGCGGCGGGUCGCCGUGGCCGGAGAGUGAUCACGAAGAUCCCGUUUCGGCAAUUUACCGGGUGGGUUACUCCGGCCGGGUUCCGGAUUUCCCGGGUUGGUUGUCGGAGCAAGCAAAGGAUUUCUUGGACAAGUGUUUGAGGAGGGAUCCGAAACAGAGGUGGACGGCGAGUCAGCUGUUGAAGCAUCCGUUUCUGGUAGAAUUCGAAUUGGCCGGUGAUCUUCCCGCCGGAAAGCCUUGUUUUGAUUCUCCUACGAGCAUUCUGGAUAAAGGGUUCUGGAAUUCGGUGGGGAUUGUUGAUUCUGACGAAGCCACCGAGUCGCCUUGUUCCUCUUCCUCAUCACCGUCGGAAAAAGAAGUAGAGGAGGAAGCCAGAGAGAGGAUCGGGCGGCUGGCGACGGCGGGACCCAGCUGGGAAUUUUGUGAUGGUGGCGAUGAUCUUGACCGUUGGAUCACAGUUCGGGGAGAUGAUUGCAAUUGCAGUGUAGCAGGGGAAGAUGGAAGGGGUGGUGAAGGGGAUUUGUUGACGUCAUCAGGAAGUAAGAAUGAUUAUUUUGAUGUAAUUAAUAGAAUUGAUGAGGGUUUUAGUUUGGAAAGGUGUAAAUAUGGGGAGUUUGGUAGUUUGGUAGUUAGUUGUAAUUUGCAGUGUGAUAUUGAGAGGAGGGAGAAGAGGCAAGAAGGUGAAGAUGUACUAUUGUUACUCCCCCCUGUUUCUAGAUUAGUUUCACAAGCUUGA